AUGACUAUCAUCAGCUGCACUGUUGUAUCCAAUACCGAGGCCUCGGACAAUUGCCUAGCGACUGCCGUGGUCACCGUGCAGGAAAGAACGGUGGAGAUCAAGAACCAGAAGGUCAUCACAAACAAGUGGCUGCAAAUCGAGGACUGGGCGGCUCUUUACAAGAUACUGGAGCGAGCGGUUCUGAGGAACGGCCGUCAGGAUGAUAGAUCGCAUCGCGAGAGUCGGGGUUGCGAGUGGAGAAAGUCUACCCGUCAGCUGGAAGUCACGUAUACUUUCGAAUUGCCAGAAAACACAAACGGCAUGCCGUCUUUGCCUACGAUCAAGGUGCACGUGUCACCAGCCCGGAAGAAACCGGUGAAGCGAGAACCAGGUGACGAGACCUCGAAAAGGAGUAAAGUGAAAACGAAGGACGGUACAGCGAAACGAACGAAAAAAGAAAAAUUUCCUAUUCAAACGCCGACAAAAACCGAUCGAUUGAAGAAGACACCGGAGAAGUCAGCACAGACUACCCCGAAGAAGACUAAGAUUCCGAGCGCUACCGCGAAGGAGCAGAAAGACUUAAAGAGGAAGAAGAGUUCGAUAUAUACACUCUUCGAAGAUCUGGAGAACGCGCCGUUGGAGGAAUAUAUUCCGGACGCACCGAAGACAAAGAAAUCAUGUUCAGACUUCAAAUAUGUGCCCAGUCGGAAGAGUGCACUGGAGAAUAUGCGAUUAACGUCGAACGAAUACACGCCGACUCUGUGUAAAGGCAAAAGCCUCGUCGUGGAAAACGUGAGCUAUGUGCCGAACUCCGUUAAGAAACUGGAGACGAAUUAUGAGAUUUACGAUCCGUGUGCCACCACAGUGAUACCAGACAGCGUUUUCAAGGAAUACGUGCCUAAUUCCAAGGGUCUCAAUCCGUCCAUAGAAGAAUAUGAACCUGACUUCAAAUCCUCGAGUAAACUGAUGAAGUUCGACGACAGUUACGUGCCCUCGAGAGUACGACGGAACGUAUCACAUGACUCGAAAAACACUUCGAACAAGCAAGAGAAGUCAAAGUUGCAGAAACUAGAGACUCGUCGAAAGAGGGCAGUAGACAAGAAAAAGAUGGACCUCUUCUCGUGAGGUACACAUGUAUGAAGUGCUCAAAGCGAUUAUAGAAAAUUUUGCAAGGAGAGAAAAUAAAU